UGACAUGCUAUUUUUUCCCUUCUGAAGAAACGAUCACAACAACAAUUCAAGAUUUAUUUCCCAAAGUGAUGAAGAAAAUGAGGGUUCCUAUAACUUUGGGUUGCUGCUUGGUUUUGUUCCUCCUGGGUCUCGUCUGUGUAACUCAGGCUGGGAUUUACUGGGUUAAUCUGAUUGACCAUUUCUGUGCUGGAUGGGGCAUUUUGAUUGCAGCUAUACUGGAAAUAGUAGGAGUCAUCUGGAUUUAUGGAGGGAACAGAUUCAUUAAAGAUAUAGAAAUGAUGAUUGGAGCAAAAAGGUGGAUAUUCUGGCUAUGGUGGAGAGCUUGCUGGUUUGCCAUUACGCCUGUUCUUUUGAUUGCAAUUUUCAUCUGGUCACUGGUGAAAUUUGACAGACCUGAUUACGGUAAAAUUCCAUAUCCUGACUGGGGAGUUGCUCUAGGCUGGUGUAUGAUUAUUUUCUGCAUUAUCUGGAUUCCAAUUAUGGCUAUUAUAAAAAUAAUUCAAGCUAAAGGAAACAUCUUUCAGCGCAUUGUAAGCUGCUGCAGACCAGCUUCUAACUGGGGCCCAUACUUGGAACGACACCGCGGGGAGAGAUACAAAGACAUGGCAGAUCCUAAGAAAGAGACCGACCAUGAAAUACCUACUAUCAGUGGCAGUGGGAAACCAGAAACCAGAAUAAGUUCUAAUUUUUAAGAAUAUGUGCCUGUGCAAUGUGAUUGCUUUAGAAUAGAGAAAAUUUUAUUUAUUUGUAUGUUAACUGAACAAAAAUGUAUAUAUUAUGUUCAUAAUAGUAAAACAACUAUUUUUCUCACUUAAGCAGGAAUGUAAUAUAAAAAUGUGAAUCUACUAAUUUUUAUCAAUGUGCUUAUUGUAUUUCCUUUAGAUGAUCUAUCUGUAUAGCACACACUAUGUGCAUUUCACAGUAACAUUUCUGUACAUAUUACCGUCCAGUUUUUCUAAUGUAGUAAAGGUUGGCAUUUGAGCGAAUUAUAUAGAAAAUAGUUAUAUUUUCUAUCACACAAGUUUUAAAAUAUACGUGCUAAUAUUUUCUCGCUAUAUAGACUUUUCUCCGUAAACCUGGAGAAAAUAAAUCAGUCUAUUUAAAAGAAUGUGUUAAAAUUGAAGGCCUCAGUCGAUUAGAAAUGUUAUACAUAUGUGGAAGAAAUGGACUAUAUAUAUAGCAUGAGGACUGUAGUUUAAUACUUGUGAUCGAAAUGUCUAAAAACUUCAUGGAUUUAUGGCUCACCUUUCAUUGUGAACUUGAUAGUUAUAUUCUUUAUUUUCAUAUGUUAAAAAAGACAGAAAAAUUAGGAUGCUGUGGCCAGUAAGUGAGAAAUCUAGAAAACGGAAACCAGUGUCUUGGAAUACUUCUCCAUGUAACGUCUGUCCUAGGUUACAUUUGAAAGGAACAUCUGACCCAUCUAGUUUGUACUGUUUCACAAAAUUCAGAAUAGUUCAUUGGACUCUCUGAAAUCUAGGUAUCAUUUCAAAUAGACUAUGGAACAAAAUAC